AUGCCACGUGUAUCGAAGGAGGUGAGAUGUUUAAAUUGUAAAAAGCUUACCGUUAUUGCUAAAUUAUGCCAAAUGGUACUAAUCAACUGUGCAACAUUCCAACUACCAUUGCUGGAUGCAGCAUUUGUGAGAGAAUUGGAAGUGGUACAUUUUCUACUGUUUUCAAAGCGUUAUCUGUGUCUCGCAAUAACAGUGGUAAACAUUGUUUGCUUAUAUGAUUUUCAAUGGGAUCGGAACAAUAUAUAUCUUAUCAUGGAAUAUUGUGGUGGUGGCGAUUUGGGCUCAUUCAUCAAGCAUUAUGGUUCAUUGCCUGAAGCCAUUACACGUCGUUUUUUUCGUCAAUUAGCCUCAGCAAUCCAGUAUAUGCGAGCAAUGAAUGUGGCGCAUAUGGAUUUGAAACCGCAAAAUAUCUUACUUACUAACCGACAUGAACCUUCUAUCAAGGUGUCGGACUUCGGUCUUUCUCAGCACUUAAAGAAGAAUGAACAAGCGUCAUCAUUCCGUGGCUCGCCUCUUUAUAUGGCACCUGAAAUUUUUUGCCGAGAGCCAUAUGACAGUCGUGUUGAUUUGUGGUCAUGUGGUGUUAUUCUGUACGAAUGCUUAUAUGGUGUGCCACCAUUUAUUGCCCACACAUAUGAUGAAUUGGUGGAACAAAUUUUGUCGCAACAAUCCAUAAAUUUCCCGGUGAAUGUGCGCCUUUCGUGUGUUUGUCUUGACCUUUUGCAAGCUCUGCUCGUUCGUAAUCCUUGUGAUCGCAUUACGUUUGAGCGGUUUUUUACGCAUCCGUUUGUGGAUCUCAUGAAAUUGUCCUCCUCUGCUGAGCUAGAUAAAGCUGAUAGUUAUGUUAAGAAGUCACAGCAAGCUGAAUCUGAAAAUAAUCUAACUGAAGCGACAAAAUUAUUAUCAAAUGCCGUCCAAAUCUAUAUUCACUGUUUGGAAUUGUUCGAUGAGGGUGAAGAGAAAGUAAAAUUUCGUGAGAAAAUUAAAGGGUAUCUGGAACAUGCUGAAAAUAUGAAGGAAUGUCUACGACCUGUUAUUGGAGAAUUCCCUCCAUCGCAAUCAUUUGAUCAGACGGAAUGGAAUGAUUGGCCUCAGGUCCGUGCUGCAGACUUAAUAGCACACACGGCACAUGAUUUGGAACGUCAGGAACAGUGGAAUGAGGCAUUGGCGAAGUAUACAUUGGCAAUUGAAAGUGCAAUGCAUGUUUUAAGCAAUGAAAAUCGUGGUACAGAGCGUUCCAUCAAAUUACAACGCAAAGUUGCCAGGUGGUUAUCCGCUGCGGAACGAAUAAAAGAAUCGAUAACCUAUGGAAAUGGUAAUACCAACUUUUUAAAUGGCAGUAUUGAUGUGUUUGAAGGUCCUAGAGGUCGUGAAAAAUUCCAGAAAUGGUGGCAUGGGAAAAGUGACGAGAUUACUGGAUUGGCACUAAUAUUUUUAUCAUUGUGGACACUGCUAAAUCCACGUCGUAAUUAUGUCCUCGACUUGGUCGAUUUCUCGGAGGAUGAUCCAUUACUUCGAGGAGCCACUUAUGUGGCUCUUGUUACCGGUUCUCUUACAAUGGUAAUUGGUUUUAUUGGUUGCUGUGGUACGAUCAAAAAAUCGCUGUGCUUGCUAAUUACUUUCAUGAUCUGUUUACUCAUAUUAUUUUUUGCUGAUGUAACGAUCGCCUGUCUGGCAUUGUUCUAUCGAAAUAAGUUUUUGACAAGUGAUUUUGACCAGAAAUUGCAAUCGCUGGUAAAAGAAAGUUAUGGUAUUAAUUCAAGUAUCGAAUAUAAUGUCAAAAUAACGUCGCUUAUUGAUAGACUACAGUUUAACGAGCAGUGUUGUGGUUCAGUGGAUUAUAGGGAGUGGAGUAGUAGUCGCUGGCGCACAUCCUACUGGAGAAGUGCUGAAUUACUUCAGCAGCAAUCACAAUUCAAUUUUGAUGUAGUGCCAAAUACAUGCUGUGUGCAAUUGACUGGUGCAACACCGAUGAAUCCAGUUGCCAGAAGUUCAUCACGCUGUCAACAGUUUCAAGCUAAUAAAUUAUGGAGGCAUCAAACGCAACAGUGUUGUGGUGCCACCGGUCCCCAUAAUUAUUAUGAUUCAUUUUGGUACAAAACUAAUACAGAGCGUGGUACCAUAUCAUUUGUACCACAGUCAUGCUGCAAACAAAUGCAAGAAGCACGAACCUGGUUCAUAAAACCAAUUGAUCCAAUGUGCACCUCAUAUAACUACUACAAUUCUGCUUUCAAUAGUUCUGUAAAUGUUCAGGGUUGUCAUGAAAAGCUAUUGGACUGGUUAACUGUCCAGACAAUCAUAUUUGUCUCGGUUGGUUUAUCAUUUGCAGCAUUUCAGGUAUGAUUUGGCAAUAUGGGUAAGAAAGGCAAGAAACAUCACAAAAAAGUCAAAAAGUUUAAAAACAAAAAUGCCGUUACGCAGAUGAUAUCAGAAAUACAAGAGAUCCCCCCCAGUAACGACCUCUUAUCAACAGUUGAGGAGAUGCGGCCUUUAAGUGACCCUAUCAUAAUAUGGCGUAACUCGAAAACCGAAAAUAUUAGCCGAACGCCAGAAGAAAACUAUAAUGGAGCAUCCACCGAACAUCAAAAAUUGGAGAAUCAUAGUACAUUAACAACUGAUUACCAUUGUAAAGGUGAUCAAAAAUUUCUGGAACAAGAUUAUCGUGGUGCUUAUGCUAAUUUCUUGUGUGCGAUGAAAAUAAUAAGCGAACACGGGAAUAUCGAUGAUGAAUUUGGAAGAGAUACGAAAAUGUUACGGGUGUUCCAGGAUAAAUGCUGUCUUUGUUUCUGGGCACUCUAUAGAAAGGAAAAACAACAGGUUUUUCUUAAUAAAUGUAUUGAAUGCUACAACAAAUUGAUUGAAAAAGAUCUCUGUCAUCCUUUUUGGUACAAAAGGCGAGCAACACUUCUGCGCGAUGAAUAUCAAAAUCAUAUAUCAGCUUAUAAAGAUUUUGUGGUAUUUACGAUAUUAAUGGACGAAUACGAUUUAAUAUUGACAGAGGAGGAAAUGAACGAGAUCAGCAGUUGUUUUAAUGAAGCAGAGGAGAUGGCAUGGUCAUUAGAAAAGAACAAAAUGAUGGUCAAGAAACCUUUCCUAACCUCGGAUUGGAUUAAUUUAUGGGCUUUAUGUCCAUGUGACGAUGUAUUGCUCCAAGAUUUGUUAUUUAUUCGUGAAGAAGACAAAAAUCCGCAGAAUAAAUCCACACUUGUUGAAAGUGCUUAUAAAGAUGCUCUGAAGCAAAUUGCUCGAGGAUACCACAGUAUGGCUGUUAACACAUUACUUCAUGCAUAUGCACAACGUCAAGGAAUUUAUAGAUGUGAAGCAUUUCUACUGCUCGCCUUAAUUUAUUCACAACUGAAUAACAAUGAGGUCGAUUAUUACUUGGACACUUUCGUAGAUCUUUGGCGUGUUGACCAGCACAGAGUGCCGCUUCCCCGACGAAAGCAAAUUUUUAUGCGGUACAUGAGCUUAUCGCGUGCUGUGUCACAAGCACCUUUUCAGGAUCUCGACUUAUCAAUGUUUACACCCCAAGAACAAGCACGCUUUUAUACACAGAUAGCGCUCACAACAGUCUUAAGCUUAAAAAUUUUGUGUGGCUCGCCAGCAAACCGAUUGACGCUGAAUAAAUGGAAUUUGACGAAGUUGGAGAUUAUAGAAAAUUCAUGUGAUCGAGCUAUUAAAGCCGACAAGAAGUUUUUGUAUGCUCGUAUGCUAAGAGAAUAUACGGUGAUGGAGAUAGCACAAGCUGAUAAUUUGGGCAGACAUUGCAAGUGCGCAUUGGCUACACUUACAAAGAGCAUUGAAGGUAUUCAGCACCAAUUCAAAUCUGAGCACCGCUCUUUUGCUUUGUGGUGCCUUUUUUCUGCUCAUUUUAUUAACCACGAAACUGAUGCAGCAAUAAAAUGUGGCCUAGAAUUGCAGAAAGAUUUACUAUACCCUGGUUCUGUUAUAUCUUUUCUUAUCAAUAAUAAAUAUUCUCUAAAAGGAAAAAUCGAUGUAGAAGAUGUUCAAAAGCGCAUAAUUAUAGCCGAAGAACGACUUGAGUAUGACCCCGAAAAUUUUCGUUUAUAUUUAGACACUGCUACUUUAUACGAACAUUUAAACCUCAAAGAAGAAGCAUGCAGAAGUGCAAGUUUAGCUGUAAAAUACUGGCCAGUUCAUAUCUUCUCAGAGCACUUGAAACUUUUAGUAGGCAGUGUGGUCGUGAUGGAAACUAUCAUAGAAGCUGAAAAGAGACUCGAAACCAUAAAAAUCUAUCUUAAAAUGGAGAAAGAACGAAAGGGAAAAUCAGAUACGGAUCCAAAAGUCACUGAUUGUGUUGGCAAAACGUGUGAAAAAGAGCACCCAAAAAACGAUGUACUAGAAGAACUCGCAGUGCUAACAAAAAUCACAGUAUUAGCUCGACAGCGGAAAACGAUCACACAGUUAACACUAGACGUCGAUAAAACUACAAUCACGUCAUCAAUAGAAAUCGUUUCUGGUAUUGAUGAAUCAUUUCCUGUCCUCAUCGCAUUGGAUGUUGGCAGAAAUAUCUUGGCCUAUAUGGAAAGCUGGCUGCGCUCAUCUAGCGGUAAUAUUCGCUUGAUUGCUUUGGAUGAUAAUAACACAGUUCCAUCAUACAUAUAUCGCAGUAGCGGUGUUGCCGAAGAAACAGUCACUUCACUUGCUGUCGACUGGAUAACUGGAAUACUAUACGUUGGUGUUGAAACAGCUAGUAUACAUAAUGCUGGGCGCAUUGAAGUAUGCCCUUUGGAUGGUCAGAUUAGUUGUGCUAUUGCAUUGUAUUCCAGUUUUGAAAAUCAGAAUUCUCGAGUUGAUGCUCUUCAUUCUCUUGUGCUUGACCCAGUUGAUGGCUAUAUGUACUGGUUGAAUCGUGUGCAUAAACGUAUUGAGCGAGCAUGGAUGGAUGGUCGACAUCACGAUCCUCAUUGUUUCAAAGAUGAUACCACUGACGUAGUUGCUACAUCUGCUCUUACGCUUGAGCAGGCGAGUCGAAUGUUGUACUAUGUUCGUACUCGGACAUCACUGGAUGAUUCGCAAAUCUGGAGCUGUUCAUUGUAUGAUCGUGAAUCGUGCCGAGCACUUGCUAGUAAAGUCAAUGCCUUCUACCUUGAUGUUUUCGGUGAUUACUUGAUAUGGACAUCAGUGACAAAUCAGAAUUCCGGCAUAACGGUAUGUGAGAAAGUCAAUUGCGAUCGUACAACUCGUGAAGUGAUUAAUUCAAGUGGUGUUGAAGCUCUGGUUGUAUCCGAUAAACAGGUUCAGCCAUUAAGACAGUCGUUAAAUCCUUGUGAGUCAAAAAACGGUGGCUGUUCACAUAUCUGCGUGCUGAUUCCUGGUGCACCAUGGCGAUCUUGCCUGUGCCCGGUGGGAGUGCGUCUUCUUCAAGAUCGCUUAACUUGUUCACCUAAUGGGAUAGAACGUUUGCUAUAUGUGGCGACGACAUCAGGCUUAAUUUUUAUCUCGUUAGAUACAGCACAUCAUACUCCUCUACCACUUCCAAAUGCGGCAUCCGAGAUACGUGACACUAAAGUUGUGCAUAUCGAUUUUGACCCAAUCGAGAAAAAGUUAUUCAUGAUUGACGGAGACAGGGGUGUUAUUCGUCGGUGUAAUCCAGAUGGCACAGGAAUGGAGGUUUUUGUUGAAGACUCCCAUAAAAUAGUUUCCGAGGCUCUGGCUGUUGAUUGGUUGAAUCGUAAUCUAUAUUGGUUAGAUAGUAACGUUGCACAAAUCAAGAUGCAAAGCUUAUCUAACAAAGGACGGCAGAUAGUAAUAUCGCACGGAUUGAAACAGCCGCGUGGUUUAGCUUUGGAUCCAGAUGGUGGCCACAUGUUUUUUUCAGACUGGCACGAAAGUACAAGUCGUAUUGAGAAAGCAUGGCUAGAUGGAUCACAUAGACGAGUGCUUGUUUCGUUAGAGAAAGAUGCCUGGCCAAAUGGAAUUGUAGUUGAUACAAGACAUAAACGGUUAUAUUGGGCAGAGGGAAGUCGAUCAUUCAUUAAAUCGGUAGCCCUUGACGGGAAGUUGGAUGUUCAAGUUUUCUCAGAAAAUGUGAACCAUCCCUAUUCGCUUACUAUAUUAGGUAAUUCGUUAUAUUGCAAUUCGCUGUAUGGUCGUAAGAUAUCAGUGUUUCGUGUACCUCGACACAAUGAAUCUUUCUUCGAUGUACAGUUAUCUGUGGUAUCUGAUUCUGUUAUUUUUGGUCAGAUGGGUAUUCGAGCGGUUAGUCUGAGUCAUAUCCCAGAGGGUAUUUCUCCAUGUCAGACAAGCAAUGGUGGAUGUUCGCACAUUUGUGUCAAAUUACCAAAUGGCGAAAGAGGCUGUGUUUGUCCGGUUGGUUAUGAGUUGCAAGCAGACAAUACAACAUGCACUAUGCCCGCUGCAUUUCUGAUCUACACGCAAAGCCCUGUAGUGAACACAGCUAAUAGCAUUAUGAGAAUUUCUUUGAAGGCAACUCCAGCUAAUAAUCACCGUAUUAAUAUUGCUGACAUGACAUCAGCUCCAGUUAGCGUCGAUAUUAACCAGAAUUCCCAAAGAAUUUUUUGGUCAUCAGAAGGACGUGGUCGUUCGAUUCAUUCACUACUUCGUAGCGCUUUUUUUAAUGGCUCUGGUUUGGAAACUGUGUAUGAAGGAAAUGCGGUGAAUUAUAUUGCGGUGGACUGGAUCACUUCAAAUAUUUAUUGGUGUAAUAUGGAGCAGCGUCGAAUUGAAAUGGUCCGUGGCGACGGACGUCGUCAUCGUACAAUUGCGUGGGAAAAUAUCGAUCCUCGGUAUUUAGCUAUCCAUCCGCUCCAGCGAUUUCUUGUUUUUGUUAAUUACUACAACCGAAAAAAAAUCACUAUAAAUAAAAUACCUCUUCAUGGCGAGCAAUCAGGAGGGCAAGUUAUUGUUCAACAACUAGACACAGUUAAUGCACUUGCGAUUGAUUUUGAUUCUGAAUUGUUGGUGUGGUCAGAACUGGACGAACGAGGAGGUGGAGUUUCUAUUUCUGACUUCAGUGGGAAAAGUCGUGCUCGUUUAUUAUAUAGUGAACAGUUAUUACCUGUUGCAUUAACUGUUUAUAAUCGACAAAUAUACAUUGCCAAUAUGAAUAGCAAUACUAUUGAUCUAUAUAGCGGCCACACAUUAACGGUUUUACAUGGUGGUGUCAGCCAUGUUACGAAUCUUGCUGUUGCACAUACACAGAUAAAUAAAGGUUGGAAUGGUUGUGUUCAAAAUAAUGGUGGCUGUAGUGAUAUAUGUGUGGCAGUUGGUGAAAGCUUAUAUAAUGCAAGUGCCAAAUGUUUUUGCGAGGACCACUUUACGUUUGAUCACGUUGGAGGGAAGUGCUUGCCACCAAAACACUUUAUGUUGGUUGCCACUCGAGGUCGUUUCAUACGUUUCAACCUGAGACAAGCGGUUACUGGUGACAUAUUCUGGAAAGAUGAUCCUUAUUCAGUUCUGUCGGUGACAAAUGUUGGCACACCAGUUUCAGUGGGGGUUGAUUUAUUUUCUGCAAAUCGUUCGAUUUACUGGAUUGAUUCUAACGAUGACAAAGUUAUUAAACGGUCAUCAGAUUUAUCACAUUCCAUGACGCAGACAAUUACAUUAUCGAAACGUUCAAACUGUGCAAUACUUUUCCAUUUAGCAGUUGAUGAAACCGGUCGACAAUUAUUUGUUUCAUGUGCAGAACAUGGGCUAAGCCAUGCAUCAUCCAUUCAUGUCUGGCGUAUAAAGAGCAAUGAUCAUUUGGAAUAUAUCGGCGUUGUUGUGUCAGGAAGAGAGCGUUCUUCAGUGACUGAUCGGCCUCCUUAUCCUCGACAAAUUGCUCUUUUCCCUAGAUUGAACCUCCUUUUUUACGUUGAUGAUGGUGGUUCUAUUCCCGUAAUUGUUCGGUGUUCACUGAAUGGUCGCCAGUGCAUACAGUGGGAAACACCAAAUUUAACACACGCCGUGAAACUUCAUGCUUUUCAGAUCAAUGAUCGUUUGUAUUAUACGACAGCAAAUGGAUUGUGGUCACGAGAUGCACAUGUGUUUUCGGACGUACGUCAUCAUAUCAAAGCACGUCCUUCGGAUAUUGAUAUGGUUCCAAUCAAUGAGAAGAAACUGAUAAUUAUUGCAAAGAAUGAAUCCCAAUAUGAUGAUCUGUUGUUGGAAUUAAUGGAUGAUACUCCCACUGUCUCCUUGGAUGAAUUGAAAUGGAGCACAGCGUUACCUUUCCCAGUCAGGCGUGUUCUUGCAUUGACAGUAGUUGGCAGUAUCGAAGGAGACUUUUAUAUAAAUUUAAAUCAUACUUGUGCGGCAUCACAUUGUUCGCAUUUAUGUCGAGUACCACGAGAUUCCAAGAAGCGUCAUGAAUGUCUCUGCCCUCUUGGAUUUGGCUUACAGGCUUCAAGUGAAACUUCUUGUUUUAAACAUGCCUCGUGUCUACACUGGCAAUUUAAAUGUGACGAUGGGCAAGAAUGCGUACAUGCAAUGGCAAAAUGUGAUGGACAUCAUGAUUGCACCGAUGGUAGUGAUGAAUCUUCUCACUGGUGUGGCAAUGUUGAUUUUGAUAAGUGGCCAUGUGACAACAGGAAAACAUCAAUUGCCCGAGCGCUCAUUUGUAACGGAGCAGAAGAUUGUUCUGACGGAUCAGAUGAGGCUCACUGCCGGUGUAAUAAUCCGCUUUUUUAUUUCGAUUGUACCUUUGGACCAAAUGCUGCAUUGCAUCCAGCCGAAUGUAUUAGCCGAGAGUUAAUUUGUAAUGGCAUCGGUAACUGCUAUGCUGGUCAGGAUGAAGAGAAACAGCUCUGUGCUGAAUUUGGUACAGCGGUAACAAUUGCUCCAACUCUCUCACCUUCAUUUGAAUUGAUCAUACCGUUGGCUGUGUUUUUCUUGGCACUUAGCAUCAUUGUGAGUGUGUGCUGCUGCCAUUUUUCAAUGCAACGACCACUAAGACAAAAUUCAACUCAUGCAGCAGUAACACGUUCACUGCCUAUGAAUGCUGAGGCGCGGGUACUGCUGCCAGCACAUCCAGAUGGCACCCAGAUUGAGUUCCAACUUCGUACCUACUCUGUUGGAGCGUCAUCAUCGUUGUAUAAUGCAUUGCCUUCUCCAAAUUCACAGUUUUCAACCGAUGCAAUUUCAUAUCAUCGAUCUCUUAAUGGUAACCCUUCAGAAAGGAGUUCCAUGUUUGCUGCAAUUAGUGCUGCUGUGACUAAAGCGAAUUCUCAAAAAUUUUUCGCACCACCGCCUUCUGCUGCAAGUUUGUCGACAUAUGGUGUUGUGAAACCAGCUGGAAUGCGGGUUCAUUUGCAGCAGAACGGUGGUGGUAUAGGUUCCGCUAGAAAUAGGCGAAAACAACGACAUCGUGCACGUACUAGUGGUACCAGAAAUCAUAGUCCUCCACCAUCCUAUUCAAAGAUUAAAACCACACGUCCAGUUCGUAUUGAUCCAAAAAUGGAAUGCAGUGACGAAGAGUCUCAACAGCUGCGAGUACCAACGAACAGUAGAAUUGUUUCUUCGGUAGAUUCAUCAUCAAUGGAAAACAUGAGACAUGUGCUGUUACCAAGUAGUCAUUUUAUCUCAUCAAUUAAAUUUGCUCAACAACAGCGUUUACUCGACUACUCGUCAACGUCUUCUGACGUUUCACUUGGGUAA